UCGAAAUGGCUUGUACGACGCAGGAAAAACUCAUCCAUUCCGAUGAGAAUUUUAAGGUGUACCUUUUCAAACAAACAACCUCGGUCAUCGGUUUCCGGUGGGAUUUUUCGGAUGAAUCCCCUUUGGAGCCACGGUUCGAUUUGUUCAAAGUAGAGAAAUGCUACAGCUGCAAACGUAACCAAUGGGAGGUCGUGUACUGGGGUACGGCGUGGUCCGUGACGGUUCGUAAUCUGGAGCAGAAUCUGUGCUACUCGUUUCGGAUCAAUGUACUGAAGCAGGAUAGGGACGACGAUAGUUUCAUCUAUCUACGACGAUCUGGUAUUUUCAAAUCAUUCACUCUACCGGAUGUUCCGUCUACGACGGCCGUGUUUAGAGCGGUCAAAAAAAGCCAACCUGGGUUGAUUCGAAAGCAACUUAGUAUCAAACCGGAGUUGAUAAAUGUUCCGGUUAAUGGUGAGACAUUACUCUAUCAAGCGGUCAGAACUGGUAACGUGGAAGUUGUCGAUCUUCUACUAGAAUUAGGAGCUGACGUUAAUUUAGGAGUUCCAAUGAACGGAGAAACCCCACUACAUCUCGCGGUGUACAACAAAAACAUUAAAAUGGUUCGUCACCUACUUGAGCACGGAGCGGAUAUCAGUCUGACAAAUUGCGCCGGUUUGAGCGCGGGGCAUUACGCGGUGGAUAGUAACGAUCUGCCGACACUGAAAUUUGUUCUCUCGCAUGGUUGUAGCGCCGAGGCUCGUGAUCGAUGCAGCUGGACGCUGAUCUUCCGAGCAAUCUUCAUGCACUGUAACCCCGACAUCAUCAAACAUCUGGUAGAGAAAAAAUGCCGUUUGAAAAUACGCGACGAAAAUCAUCUGACACCGCUGGACUACGCCCGUUUAACCAACCAGGAGGAAGUCAUCAAAUUGCUCAAACGGCGAUUGAAAAUUUAACUGAGGAGCUUUUUGUUUAUUAUUUACAGUGUCGAAAUUCAGCCGGCUGCGCCGAAUUCG